AUGGCUCGAGCGCUGUUGUUGUUUGUGUUUAUGUUGUCUGGUGUCUUUGCUGGACGCUACUUUAACGAGAAACAACCGUGCUAUCGACCCAAGCUGACCAAGCACAAUGGAGUCAGGUAACUUUAGCUGUCUUCUAUCAUCUAAUUUGAUAUGUUUUCUGUCUAGUGCUUGCUCUCGAGCAAAAAAUAGUAGCUAGAGUUGUUGCAACAUGAUUCUAGUCAUUUUCUUCCAGCUGUAUCAGGGUGUUUUCACAUAGGCCUCUUUAAAAUAACCGAUCUCAGUCAUCUUUAAAGUGAAAUAUGGGGUAAAAAAAACAACCUGAAUAACUCCCGUCAUCUUUGUAUUCACACUGCCCUUGCCUUUGAAUAAGGGCUCAACUCUUUUGCCAGUUCACUUCACCAGUUGAGUGGUCCGAGUACUCUUUGCAUUCACAUUGCUAUGUUUAGAAAGGAACCAAGGUCUUUUUCCAACGUUCACUCAAUGCACUCUGGGUUUUUACAAAGUGCAGGACAAGCCAUUCCAUCAGAUCGUGCUAUCGGAUAGCUUGAUAUACCUACUUACAUUUUGGAAGCUAAUAGAUUGCAUUUAGUUAAGAGAUGAGAAGGCACUUUAACUUUUCCCGUUAGCGCUGACUUUGCUGAUGAAUACUUUGAGGGAAAAUGUACUUGAUACGAUUGUGAUGUCUUGUUGUUUCACCUAGCGAUCUUAAGAUGAACGCACUAAUUAAGUCGCUCUGUAUGAGAGCGUCUGCUAAAUGACUAAAAUGUAAACAAUUUAUAAUUGUAAUAAGAUACUAUUAACAUGUAAAUAUUAUUGGUAACAGAAUAAAUAGCAGAAAAAUAACUGCAGAUUAAAUAAUGCUGUAAUUGAAAAUAGUACACCCAAUGUAGGCUACUGAUCCUUUAAGAGCUAUAAUUGAUUUUGUACCCUAUGUUGUGAUACUCACCAAAUAUGUUUGCUUUGUUGGCUUCUAACACUAUUCAAACCCCACAAUCGAAUAAACAGUUUAUGAAGCUCUCUUACAUUUACAUUUUAGUCAUUUAGCAGACGCUCUUAUCCAGAGCGACUUACAGUUAGUGAGUGCAUACAUUUUCAUACUGGCCCCCCGUGGGAAACGAACCCACAACCCUGGCGUUGCAAGCGCCAUGCUCUACCAACUGAGCUACACGGGGCCCAUAUAUCUUAGCCUAUAGAUCACAUAUUGCAAUAAAAAAAUCUGAACUAAAAACACCACACAUAUUUUGUAAUUUCUGUACAUUCUUGACAAUCGCUAAUCAAUAUGCAAAAACAGCACACGUUUUUUCAACGCACCUGUACAUCAUCGUCUCCCCUUUGUGGCACCAAUGUGAGGAGUUAUGGCCGGGGAAACGUUGUUUCAGUAGUCUCGUGUGGGGUGCGGGAAUAAUGACAAGCGAACCUGGGGAACUUUGUGUUCACAUUGCUCUAAGUGAACCAAACUCAGACCACCUCUCGAGCUCGCUUCGGGGGCUCUUUUGAGUGUUCACACUGCGCAAAAAAUUAAGCAAACCGCACUGAGUUCACAAAAGUUGUAUGAAAGGGACCAAAUGUGAAAACACCCUUAAUGUCUAAAGAUGGUCAAUUAUUUUGUACUUGCACAACACUGCAUCAUUCGUUUUUUUGUAGUAUAUACUCUGAUAGCAUAUAAUCAUAGCCAUCUCUCUGAAAUGGGAAGUAGGGUGGCCAGCAAGCUAAUGUCAUAGAGAUAGAUGACUCAAGUGAUCAAACGCCUGUUUCAGCAUGGGUAGCGCCAUUUGAGGACUUUCACCAUUUUGAAGUAGUCAACUGGGUGGGACUUCCUAUGGGUUAAGGAAGGAUCAGUCAAUUAAUGAUUUGUAAGCAAACAUUCCAUAACUGCAGGUGGCAGUACUUCUUCUUCGAUGAGGUUUAACGGCGGUUGGCAUCCAAUUUGUUGCAUUACCGCCACCUAUUAGACUGGUGUACAACUCCCUUAUACACUGCUCAAAAAAAUAAAGGGAACACUUAAACAACACAAUGUAACUCCAAGUCAAUCACACUUCUGUGAAAUCAAACUGUCCACUUAGGAUGCAACACUGAUUGACAAUACAUUUCACAUGCUGUUGUGCAAAUGGAAUAGACAACAGGUGGAAAUUAUAGGCAAUUAGCAAGACACCCCCAAUAAAGGACUGGUUUUGCAGUUGGUGACCACAGACCACUUCUCAGUUCCUAUGCUUCCUGGCUGAUGUUUUGGUCACUUUUGAAUGCUGGUGGUGCUUUCACUCUAGUGGUAGCAUGAGACGGAGUCUACAACCCACACAAGUGGCUCAGAUAGUGCAGCUCAUCCAGGAUGGCACAUCAAUGCGAGCUGUGGCAAGAAGGUUUGCUGUGUCUGUCAGCGUAGUGUCCAGAGCAUGGAGGCGCUACCAGGAGACAGGCCAGUACAUCAGGAGACGUGGAGGAGGCCGUAGGAGGGCAACAACCCAGCAGCAGGACCGCUACCUCUGCCUUUGUGCAAGGAGGAGCAGGAGGAGCACUGCCAGAGCCCUGCAAAAUGACCUCCAGCAGGCCACAAAUGUGCAUGCGUCUGCUCAAACGGUCAGAAACAGACUCCAUGAGGGUGGUAUGAGGGCCCGACGUCCACAGGUGGGGGUUGUGCUUACAGCCCAACACCGUGCAGGACGUUUGGCAUUUGCCAGAGAACACCAAGAUUGACAAAUUCACCACUGGCGCCCUGUGCUCUUCACAGAUGAAAGCGGGUUCACACUGAGCACAUGUGACAGUCUGGAGAUGCCGUGGAGAACGUUCUGCUGCCUGCAACAUCCUCCAGCAUGACCGGUUUGGUGGUGGGUCAGUCAUGGUGUGGGGUGGCAUUUCUUUGGGGGGCCGCACAGCCCUCCAUGUGCUCGCCAGAGGUAGCCUGACUGCCAUUAGGUACCGAGAUGAGAUCCUCAGACCCCUUGUGAGACCAUAUGCUGGUGCGGUUGGCCCUGGGUUGCUCCUAAUGCAAGACAAUGCUAGACCUCAUGUGGCUGGAGUGUGUCAGCAGUUCCUGCAAGAGGAAGGCAUUGAUGCUAUGGACUGGCCCGCCCGUUCCCCAGACCUGAAUCCAAUUGAGCACAUCUGGGACAUCAUGUCUCGCUCCAUCCACCAAUGCCACGUUGCACCACAGACUGUCCAGGAGUUGGCGGAUGCUUUAGUCCAGGUCUGGGAGGAGAUCCCUCAGGAGACCAUCCGCCACCUCAUCAGGAGCAUGCCCAGGCGUUGUAGGGAGGUCAUACAGGCACGUGGAGGCCACACACACUACUGAGCCUCAUUUUGACUUGUUUUAAGGACAUUACAUCAAAGUUGGAUCAGCCUGUAGUGUGGUUUUCCACUUAAAUUUUGAGGGUGACUCCAAAUCCAGACCUCCAUGGGUUGAUACAUUUGAUUUCCAUUGAUAAUUUGUCAGCACAUUCAACUAUGUAAAGAAAAAAGUAUUUAAUAAGAUUAUUUCAUUCAUUCAGAUCUAGGAUGUUAUUUUAGUAGUACCCUUUUUUGAGCAGUGUAUUUUGCUUGAAAAAUAAAAUAAAAUAAAUACCCUACCAUCUAACACUACACUCACAAAUUCAAAAUUAUUAUUAAUAAUUACCACCCCACUCCUUUAAUAUAUUCAUUCCUACCUCAUGCCCUCAACCUGAGAUGAUGGAACAUCACCACUUAACACUCCCUGUAACUCUUCUGAUGUCAAGUCUCGCACACCCAAAUACCUCUCUGCAGCUGCCACCACAACCUACAUUUUUUAAUUUUACAUUUGAGUCAUUUAGCAGACGCUCUUAUCCAGAGCGACUUACAGUUAGUGAGUGCAUACAUUUUUCAUACUGACCCCCCCCCCCCGUGGCAAUCGAACCCACAACCCUGGCGUUGCAAGCACCAUGCUCUACCAACUGAGCUACAGGAGGCUUACAUUCCAUCCCUGCAGUACAAUUAAUAACCAUUGCUAUAAAUGCUAAAAAUCCAAUCUUACUGACACAUAUAUCACUUGUUGUCCUAUCCCUCUGCAUUGGUACAUCUCUACUACUCUCACCACUCCUCCCCCUUGACCCAUCUUCCUCUACUUUCUUCACUGCCUCAGCAUAUGACAACUUCUUCACUACUCUUACCCUGGAAACCUCAACCUGCCUCUCUCGCACAGGACAUUUCUGAUCCCUGCAGGUGGCAGGAAAUCACCAACCUUGACUUUAUACCUGUUAAAACCAAUGGGCCAGGGUUCUGGUCUAGCACGGUUGACUGCUCCUACAGUUUUGCUUCAGUACUGCAGUUUAACUGACACCCGGCCCAGACAGACAAUUUCCAUAGACGGCCACAUAGAGAAGUCAGAUUUGAAAAUUCCUAAUAAGACACUUUAGUCAUUCCUUUGUGCACAAGACAUCCAUUAAAUUAUAUUAAUAAUUGUCACUGAGGCCCAUUAUCACUCACAGCUGAAGAUAUUAAUAUUUUAUAUUCAUCCAAUGUCUUCCAUGUUUUUGGAUGGCGUGAUGGCGUCGUCGCUUCUCUCGCUGUUCCCUGUGCUCAUGUGAUGUUGCUCCGUAUAAACCAGAUGCAACCCAGAUAUAGAAGGUCCAUGAAUCGGCGAAAGUGAGUAGAUUCCCUUGAAAACAAUGGUCGGACAUCUAAGACAGUCUCCAUUUAUUAUUAUAUCUCAGUGGUUCAAACACACUACAGGUGGCAGUAGGCACCCUUUGUUUUCCAACUCAUAGAAGUAGUAGAAGAAAAUUGACUACUUAAAAAUGGAGAUGGUCUCAAUGGCGCUGCCCCGCACCCACAGGCGCCAUAAUGGGACAGAUACAAUGAUGCGAUGUCUAUGGCGCAUGUCUGUCUUUUGCCUCUAGUGUUUUAAAUUGUCUAGUGUUGAUUUUAUUUAAGUGUUCUUUAUUUAUUCAGGUGUGAAUUGCCUGCAUCUUCUGCACUCAAUUGAUAUCAUUAGUCAGUAACUGAGUAUGAGUUUAUUGCACAUAAUUCUUUCAUAAAAAGGUUUAAUAAUGGUUCAAAUGUUGCCAAGUUCCUGCAGGUUUCAGAAUUGUCCCAGAAUGAAAAUUAGCUGAUUGGUAGGCUACUACAUAACUUUCUUCUUUAAACAAUACUCAAUACUCAAGUGCAGAAUUUUUACCCCCUGUGAUUUUGACUCGAGUGUUAAUCAGUUUAUUACAGAAAAGGCAUAUCAUGGCUAUCCAAAGUUUGAAAUCAAUGAAGCAAUCAAAGCCGAGGGUGGAAACAAGGUAGCAAAGUUCUGACAUGUCUGUGAGUGGAAGGAGAUGACUGGGUCUCCAGUAGCAUGGGAAGAAAUUGUUUGGGAUCUGACGUUUUUAAAGCUUUUCAUCCCAUUUUGCUAUUGAGCGCUCACAAUUCUGCCCUCCUGAAAUAUAUAAUUUGACAACUGGAUGUCUCCAGAAACAUGCAUGGCCCUUUCAGCGGUAGUAGCUAUUUGGCUUCUGAGUUUUGAAAGUAUGCUUGUGCUGUGGAUGCUUUUGAAUGCUUGACCUUUGAAUGGAGAGGCAGAUCUGCCAAGCUUGAUCUGGGGUGUAUUCAUUACACCGAUUUCUGUUGCUAAACGUGUCUUAAACGAAAGCAAAUGGCACGAAACUGGGAGGGAUCUACCUGAAUUUGUCCAAUCAAAACUCGUGUUUUAGUUGCAACCCAUUUUGCAACUGUUUGGGCUAAUGAUUACACCCCUGGUCAGGUUUUGAAUUGGCCUGUCAUGGUAUGGGACCUUAUAAGUGCGCACUGCAUUUUGUUAUCCAUCAUGUUUGCAGAGACUGUUUGAGCCGCUCUACAUUAGGAAUUCUGUCUAGAAAACCUUGUACCCUGAUGUCAUGUCUUUCAUCAGGACGAUGCCCAGACCCCACGAGUUCCUGAAACUCAAUGAGCUCCCCAAGGCGUGGGACUGGAGGAACAUCAACGGCACCAACUACGUCAGCACCACCCGCAACCAGCACAUCCCCCAGUACUGUGGCUCCUGCUGGGCACACGGCAGCACCAGCGCCAUGGCAGGUAGCCUAACCUCAAGUUUGCCUUUCCCUGGUCAUCCGACUUGGACAGCUCAUAGAAAUGAACAAACCAUAUACAAUUUACUUGGUCGUUUUACAGACUCUCUUGCAUCAGAAGGGAACACCGUACGAAGGGACAAAUGGAUGAAGAUCAGAUUGUGAAAUGCUAUCCUAUUAUUUGGCCACAGAUGUCUGCAAACCUCUUCACUAUAAGUACAGUGUUGUACAUUUUGGUAAUUCACCUUCAAGAUGGUCAUAAAGAUGGUUUACCAAUCUAAAGUCACUUGGAAACUAGAUUUUAUAACCAAGGUGGAAUAAACAUUGCAGUAAUUGUUCAGACAUGCAUGCCUGUCAGGCUUUUAACACAUGACUCACUCCACUGACUCAAAUUCAGGGUGGUAUGGCAGUGAAGCGUUGUGGCAGUGCCAACCCCUGAAUGUGCAGACAUGCAGUUAAAGCUUCAUGGUUUCCUGUAAUUCAGGUUUCCUGUAAAUCUGUGCAUGUUUGUUGUAAAAUGCAGUUCCUCCUUUGCUCAUACAAGUAGUCCUUUAGCAUUCUGAAGUCAUGGUAUUGUUAUGAUAGAGUAGUCCUUACUAAUUUUGUUGACUUAUGAACAUCUAAGAGCAGAUUCUGUCACCUGUACUGAAUUAAUGGACUGGUUGUUGGUGGUUUGCUCUCCUUUGUCAGAUCGCAUCAACAUCAAGCGGAAGGGAGCCUGGCCCUCUGCUUAUCUGUCAGUCCAGAAUGUGGUGGACUGUGGCGAGGCCGGCUCCUGUCAUGGAGGGGAUCACUCUGGGGUGUGGGAGUACGCCAACAAACACGGCAUCCCUGACGAGACCUGCAACAACUACCAGGCCAAGGACCAGAGUAAGGCCUCAAGAACUCUGCUAUCUCCUAGCUGCACAUUACUUUUACUUGGUUGAACAGUUUUUUUCCAUGACUUGAUAACAAGAAUUUCUGUCACAUCAAAUUAAGGUUAAUUUACAAUUUCUCAUGCUUAAUAUGUUCUCCAUAUUGUGUCUUGCAGAGUGCAAACCGUUCAACCAGUGUGGAACCUGCACAACGUUCGGGGUCUGCAACAUCAUCCAGAACUAUACCCUGUGGAAGGUCGGAGACUUCGGCGACGUAGGUGGGAGGGAGAAAAUGAUGGCCGAGAUCUACGCUGGAGGACCUAUCAGGUUAGUAGCUGGACUUGGUCAACAUGGGCUGUGUCCCAAAUGCAGGGGCGCAACUUUCACUGGGGAUGGGGGUGACAUGACCCCCCCCCCCCCCCAAUUUUUGUCCACCCCAGUUUUAUCAUUAGCGGCAUCGUGUGCUUUAGGACCAUGCUGAGCUAGUAGUGUAACUGACAUGUAACGUCAGCUAAUGUUUCAUCCCCUCUCGACUGAAAUUCUGUCUGAAGAGAAUGAACUAGCUAGCUAGUAGCUACCACAACCAGUUGAGCUUUAGCUAUCUGUCAGAUAGCAGUAUCUAACAGUUGUUGUGUGUAUGGAAAUGUCCUUUUUGUCCCGUUUCAACAGAAGUAAAUUAACUUGGCUAGUUUUUGCCAGUUGAUGCACCAUUAGAGCUAGCCAACAUUAGCUAGCUAGCUAGCUAGCUCACUAACUUUAGGUAUUAUUUUUGCCUGUGUAACAUUAUUGAUCUGUCAGUUUCCCUAGCUAAUUCCCUACUUUUCGCACUGACACAGUAUAAACAGCUCUACAGACUACACUGUCAUGGUGCACAGUCAGUGCACAACACAAUAUUGAUGAUGACGAUGAAUGGAUACAGAUAUGUUUGAAUGCCCAGUCAUGUUCAUAUAAUCUCAGACAUAAAUUACAGUUUAAGAUCAUCAAUAGAACAUCCUAUAUGCCAGUGAAACUGAAUAUCAUGCACUCAGACAUGUAAUUCCUCUGUUGGAAGUGUAAAACACAAAAGGGGACAUAUUUUGCAGAUGUUAUAAUCAUUUGAAGGCUGGCUGAAUUCUGGCAAAGUGUAUGUUAUUUUAUCUCGGCAUGUCUACAGGUUCUCCCAGUUUUUUUUGCUCAGAAAUGUUGAUACUGGAGACUGUUAUCAGAAGAAACUGUCUAACCUUGCAUUUAUAGCGGCUAAGAAAUGCAUCGCCAUUUAAUUGGAAGGUUGAUUAUCCUCCCACAAUGUAUGGCAGAAAUGUCAAGUUAUGUAUCACUAGAUUUGAUUUUAUACAAGAUUAAGGGUAUACUGUGGAACUUUCAUAACAUCUGGGUGCCUACUAUAUGACAAAAGGGGUCUGUAUUGAAAACAUUAGAUUUUAUUUAGUCGAGCAGUCGCAAAUAGAUUAUAUUUUUCAUGGCACACGAGACACCUGUGUGAUUUGCGCCUGUCUCGGUGGACUAAUCCAUUGAGGAGGCCACGGGGAUGCCACGGUCCAAGAAUAUGGCACCUCUCUCCAGAAUGCACGCUCUCCUGCCAUUUUGUGGGUAUUCAUAACUUAAUUGUGUGCAUUGUUUGCUGUGUAUCAAUUCCCCAUUACGUACAUCACCAGUAGUAGCCUACAUUGACCUUUAAUUCCCAUAAUUUUAAUCUGCGAUGUUUGUUUUGUUUAUGGUAAUUUCUGUUAAUGCAUUCAAUAUAUUAUUACAGUCAUUUACUGUUCUCGUUGUCUGUGUGGACAUGUGUUUUGCAGAACUCACAACCUAUGCUACACUUGUGAGAAACAAGUUUUUGUUUAUUUCAUUCCAUUUACGAGUUUUGUCAAUGUAUUCAUCGUCUUUUGUUUGAAACGCUCCUGUCAAUGUUGAGUAAGGAUGAGCACCUGAUUACGCAUAUAGAAGUAGGACUAGUCUACCUGGCCUUCGUGCAAAUGUAGCCCUAUGAAUGUGCCCAUUUGGGGAUGUCUGAUAGUAUUUCUGAUUGUCUUAACUCACCACCACUAAUGAGCUGUGGAGCUUCUCAAAGUAAUUUUUCUUCACCUCAAACAGCAAGUAAACAAAGUCUGUUUUUAGAAUCAAUUGAGAAUGACAAUAGUUCCUCACAGUAUUUGAACAAUAUUUCCAGCUCUCUCCCUUUCGAUAACCACAUGCAUUAAAGGGAAACAUGUAAUGCUCUGAUCCAGUGGAAACGUCCUAAAAUACCUGAUUUUACUUCUUAUCCCCCCCUGCACAAAUAGCCUACAGCUGUGUCUGUCCCGAGCUCACUGGCGCAGGAAACUGAGGGUCCAGAAUAUUUUAUACAAUGUUUCAAGUUUUGGGGUGACCCAGUUAAUACAAUGUUUCAAGAUCGUUGCAGACAGGCCAUGCAUAGCCAAUGUGAUUCAUAGGAUAUUUAUCUGGAUAUUUUCUACUUGCAGACUGCAAGGUUUUGGCUUUAUGUAGGUUAUUAUUACAUAGUUGGCAAUGGCAAAAAAGCUACUUUUAGAUUUGAAUAUUUUUCAUUUAGAUAGAAUGUAGAUUAACCACAGACAAGGAUUUUGAGAUACAAAGAUUAUUAUAAAUGAAAAAUGUGCAUAUGAAAAUCAUAACUGUUAUCUCUGGCUCCCUCUUGAGUCAUUUGUGUGUCUUCAUUAUUUAAUCAAACAGCGUACUUAAAGCAUCAGACAAGUUCAGUACAAGUUCAAACACAUAGGGUGUGUCUAUAUAGGCCUGUGGAAAAAUAGACGCUUAAGACUACUCUUGGUGUGCCAAGAUAUUUUUUUAGUCAGGGACAGCCCUAGUAGAAAUGCAAAGUUGCGCUCCUGCCCAAAUGGCACCCUAUUCACUAUACAGUGCACUAUGUAGGGAAUGGGGUGGCAUUUGGAACUGGACUGGGUCAACAUGGUGACUGUUUCUCUUCUCAUGAGCUCCACCUGUCCUAACAGUGACUGUGUAUGGAUUCGCACGAGAAGUAAAGCCAAGUCACAGUCAAAUAGGCAAAUAUCUGAUGUGUAACAAAAUGACUGGAGUAGCAAUAUGACUUGUUGUCAAAGCUUAAAGGAAUACUUCAGGAUUUUGAAAAUGAGGCCCUUUUAUAUACUUCCCCAGAGUCAGAUGAACUUGUGGAUACCAGUUUUAUGUCUCCGCGUGCAGUUUGAAGGAAGUUGCUAACUAGCGCAGUUCCUAACUAGCGUUAGCGCAAUGAUUGGAAGUCUAUGUGUAUCUGCUAGCCCUCUAUUAUGUUUCCCUUCCCGCCCCUGCAAAAACAUACACAAACAAACAUGCAGACUGUAAUUAGUUAAAGCGAAACAAACAUUUUUGUUUUCUGUCCUUGGUAGCUGUGGAAUCAUGGCCACCGACAAGUUGGACGCCUACACUGGAGGCCUGUACUCUGAGUAUAUCGAGGAGCCCUCCAUCAACCACAUUGUGUCUGUUGCCGGCUGGGGCAUGGAUGAAAACGGUGUGGAAUUCUGGAUCGUCCGCAACUCAUGGGGAGAGCCCUGGGUAAAAUUUUAGUCAUUUAGCAGACGAUCUAAUCCAGAGCUAUUUACAGUUUGUGCAUUCAUUUUAAGGUAGCUAGAUGAGACAACCACCGAUCAGUCCUAGUACUUUUUUUUUUUAUCCCAAAGUAGCUAUCCGCAAAGUCGGUGAUAAGAAAAUAGAAGUGAGUGCUGGUGCAAGAAAGGCAAGGGUGUUUAUUUGUAUUUUUUUUUUGGGGGGGGGGGGGGGGGGGUGCUAUGGGAUUAAUCAAGAUGAAGAGGUAGGUUUUCUCUGCUGUCCUGACAUUAGGGGGAAGCUUGUUCCAUCCUUAUCGACUGAAUUAACACUAUGCAUUCCAUAUUGGAGCUGGUAGUCUGUAGUGAUCUUUCAUGGCACUAACUGCAGCAGAGAAUUUAAAACCUCAUGCUCUACUAUAGAAUUACAUUUAGUGUUCAAAAUGGGGCAACAAAUCCUAGCCUAUAGCAGUUCCUGUAGUUUAUUAACUUUACUUCUACAUGAACUUCACUUUCUAUUGUUUGUAUGUUCUACCAUAUUUAUCUAGCUGAAACUCCAGAUUGAGUAAGUUUCUGUUUUCUUGCCAGGGUGAGAAGGGCUGGCUGAGGAUCGUGACCAGCGCAUACAAGGGAGGAAGUGGCAGUCAGUACAACCUGGCCCUGGAGGAAGACUGCAUGUACGGAGAUCCCAUCGUGCCUAAGACCUACCUGUAGACAACAGGCAGUGGGACCAACCAAUGUUUCUUCUAAAGACCAGGGGCCUCUUAACAAUCGUUGCGUAAAUUUCACACUUAAUAUCUGUCCGCCAUUUCUGAGAAGAAUACGUAGGUAUAAAAAUAGAGAUUUUAUAAAUCAGACCUGUCCUACAACUGUGCACGCAUGAACGAGCGUUAUAACACCGCCUGGAAAAUGCCUCCAUUCACCUUUUUAUGGUGACAAUAACGCCCUUUAUUUGCUGUAUCAUUUGGAACUAUUGGAAUUGGCCCAAAGAUUUUUUUUAAACGAGCAAAUUUAGUAUCUUAUAAACCGCGCUGCCUAUGGGAUCGCAUAGGCUACAGUAAAACUUGAAAUGCAUAGCCCAUCUAUUUACUAGGCCCAAUUAAAUGAUGUGCAUGGUAAUUUGUUAUAUGGCUAGCGUCCAGAAAAGUUGAGGAAUUUAUUCUGCAAUGGUUAUGAAAAUAAAAUAAAUAGGAAAUAAAUGUCUAAUUAUUUUAGAUUCCAAAAACAAAACGAAUACCGGUACAUUUUUGCUCUUCUAACUAACUAAACGCAAAUGGUUGAAAUCUUGUUUAUUUUUACAUUUUAUUUUUUUUAUCAAUAAGCAUGUCAGCAUAUCCACCAUUUGCACAAAAUACUUACUUGCCUGCUUGCAAUACCAUACUUCAACCACUACAAAAUGUGCGUACGCAUGGUCUGAAGUUUGCAUGGAGGUAAGCACAUUUGAUUAUAUAAAUGCCAACUUUUGCAGGUAAACUAGCGCACGCAUGUUUUGGGGGUAUAUUUUGUAUGUAUGAAACGUUUGUAAAUGAGGCUCAGAAGCUGUUAAACUGAAUAGACAGCAUUGUAUAUCUACAGUUUUCUAUGACAAUCUCAGGCUACUUCCACAUUGCAACAAUGUACCAUGGUAAAAUGGAAAGGGGACAUUUUUUUUUGCCUUUGUGUUUUUUAAGAUCUUUUCUUAUACAAAAUGUGACUGAACAAGUCAUUAUGUACUUCGCCUUUUGAACAAGUACAAAUGCUGACAAUAUUUGGUGCACAAUUAGCUUAAGAUCUAAGUGCCAGUAAGAUAACUAAUUGUGGCUGUAAAUGUUGAAGCCUUGAUAAAUUCUGAUGCCACAUGUCUUUUGUUGUAUGCAAAUUUAACUGAAUGAUUUUUCAGGAUUUUAACAGCAAUCCACGUGGCUUACAGGUAAUUUAUGCUUGAGUCUUCAUGAUGGUUUCCACAAAUGUGAUCUCUGCUAAAGGCAGAUUGUGCAGUUCAAUGUGUUUGAAUCCAGGCCUAGGAUGGAAAGUUGUAAUAGUUGAUACAUUUUCUGAAACAUACUUUCCUUGAACCACCUCAAAAGAAGUGAUGCAGAACGGUGGAUGUCGCUUCGUGUGAAAUGAAUAAAACCAAGACGUGUCAAUAUUCUUGUCAAAUUGAAAAGGAUAACCAUGAAAAAGGCUUAACCUUUUCAGUGGGAAUUUCAACAAACCUUUUGAGCAGUCAGUCAUACAUAUUUAAACACAAAGCAACAUAGAAAAUGAACAACGAAACCUUAGCCCAUACCAAUGGAAACUACAGUGAAACAAAUAAUGGAGCUAGAGAAGUUCUCCUCAUACCUCCAGACAAGCAAAGAUACACUACAUCCUUUUAAUUCUGAAAGUCAUUUGUGUUUACGCCACAUUUGAAAAUAAAAUUGCAGGUCAAAGUCUAUAUGCAAAUGGUCAGCCGUCUGCCUCAAAAUUGGCAAUGUUCAAUUCCUCGUUCAGCAGAACACAUCCAGGGAUUGGCUCAUAACCAUGAGAUCCCGCCUUCUGCCCCUCCCUGCUCUUCCCACUACAUCCUCAGUCAAGUUAAACCCACCAGUGUCACUCUCAGUUCAUCAUGAUGAAGUUGGAUUUGCAGUGAGCUGAAACAGAGCAGAAUGAUAAUUAUAUUUUAAGCUUCUAUAACUGGGCCAAAUGAAAGUAAUCAAUAUGUAGACAGUUUUUGGCCAUGAAAAAGAUGGUAUAAGAGACUGACCUAUGAACUCCACGACAGGGUCGUGUUCUCCCUCUGUCCGAAUGGUUCCAGCGAUGCUGUCGUUCUCCAGGAUGGGCAGGAACAGCUGGACGAAGUCUGAAGUGUAUGGAGGGGCAAUCACAUCCAACACCUGAUAGGGCAAACAGAAAUAUCAGUAUUUUCACUUCCACUACCAUUUCUUCAAGCGCAACUAAAUUGGACUGACGGUGUCUUUAGAACGUUUCACUUCUCUUUAUCUGGAAUGUUUCACUUCUCUUUUAAUAGUUUCUGGUUUCAGCAGGCCAUACUUCUGUUACAAAAUAGCGAAUGAGAGAGAUGUCUGUGUUGAGCUUCUCCAGGCACUUGCGGAUGUAUCCAACCACAGGCAGCACGUAGCCCCGACUCAGCAGGUGGACCAUACGAUCCAACAGGGUCUUCUUCAGCUCCAUCUGAAAGGGACAACACUCAUACAGUCAGCUAAGAAGUCAUCCACUGAAAGUCUAUGGGGUGGUUGCAUGGGCCCAGAUUAAGCCUAUGCACGCAUGCACAACCCACACACCUGCUCCAUGACAUCAAGCUGGGAAUGUUCUGUCUCAAAUAGCUUGAUCAGCAGCUGGAGGACCUGUGGGUGCAGGAGCUGGUGACAGGUGCUGAUCUGGGGAAUAAAAACAAACAUAAUGGUCUCAUUAAUCUCUGUCCCUACCACCUGAUUGGGGAUCAGUUCUAGUCUUUAAACCGCAAAACAAUUCCAAGAAUGACAGUUAAAUGCACAAUUUCUGUGUACAACCAAAUUGCACCCUAUUCGUUAUAUAGUGCACUACUUUGACCAGUUCCAAAUGGCACCCUAUUCCCUAUAUAGUGCACUACUUUUGACCAGGGCACAUAGCGUAAAAGUAGUGCACUAUAUAGAGUCAUUUGGGACUUAUAUAUCAUAGUGAGUUAUCCAUAAUAGCACAACAAAAACAUCCUCCCUCAACCAGUGAAAAAGUGCAACCUCUACCUCAUCCAGAAGUGCUAGAUGGACAGGGGUAUGGUCUGUCUGGAGCUGGAAGUAGCGAGGCUCAGAGACUGUCCAAUCAACCCACUUCAGCACCCCCAUGGAAACAACCGGGAACCUGAAAAUGGACAUAAUGAUGUCUCAACCAACAGUGGUAACCAAUUACAUUCUUGGAAUCCUCUGGCUUUAGCUACAUAUUGGAGAUCCAUGAUGGGCUCACUAGGUUGGCUAGUUGGCUGCUGGGCUCACCGGAUGCACUGGUACAGAGUGCUGAGCUCAGCCACCAGCUCUGUGGCUCCUUUGUUCUCAUUGCAACACAGGUUAUGGACCGUCUCAAUGGCCUUGGAGGUGGACUUGAGCUCAUCCUUGUUGAUGUUCACUCGCUUGUUCUGUGGAUGGAUGAAAAGAGAGGCAUA